CAUUCCAUCUCACUUCACCCAUCGCCACUUCUUCUUCCUCUUCAAUUCCGUCGCUCUCUUUCUUUCUCCAAUGGCUGUCGAUUCUUCUCUCUCUUCACCCCUCGGCCCUCCCGCCUGCGAAAAGGACGCCAAGGCUCUUCAAUUCAUCGAGCAAAUGACUCGCAACGCCGACGCUGUCCAGCAGACAGUCCUCGCUGAAAUCUUGACCAGAAACGCUGCCACCGAGUACCUCCGCCGUUACUCCCUCGACGGCACCACCGAUCCCCACACCUUCAAAGGCAAACUCCCGGUCAUCACCUACGAGGAUCUCGAGCCCGACAUCCAACGGAUUGCCAAUGGAGAUCGCUCUCCUAUCCUCUCCUCCCAUCCAAUCUCCGAGUUCCUCACCAGUUCUGGUACUUCUGCCGGUGAGAGGAAGCUUAUGCCGACGAUUAAGGAGGAGCUGGAUCGUCGUCAACUUCUGUACAGUCUACUCAUGCCAGUUAUGAACCUCUAUGUGCCUGGGCUGGAUAAAGGCAAGGGGCUUUACUUCUUGUUUGUGAAAUCGGAGACGAGGACUCCGGGUGGGCUCUUGGCCCGACCUGUUUUGACCAGUUACUACAAGAGCGACCACUUCAAGACCCGACCCUACGACCCGUUUGUUGUCUACACGAGCCCUAACGAGGCCAUCCUCUGCCCCGAUUCCUUCCAGAGCAUGUACACGCAGAUGCUCUGCGGUCUUCUUCAACGCCACCAAGUCCUCCGCCUCGGUGCCGUCUUCGCCUCCGGCCUUCUCCGAGCCAUUCGAUUCCUUCAAUUGAACUGGCAGGACCUUGCUAACGAUAUCCGGAACGGAACGUUGAAUACGAAAAUCACCGAUCCGUCGUUGAGAGAUUGCAUCGAGAAGAUCCUUAAGCCGGACGCGGAAUUGGCGGAUUUUGUUUCGGAUGAAUGUUCGAAGGAGGAUUGGGAGGGAAUCGUGACGAGGAUUUGGCCGAAGACGAAAUACCUCGACGUGAUCGUCACUGGAGCGAUGGCGCAGUACAUUCCAACGCUUGACUACUACAGCGGCGGAUUGCCUCUGGCUUGCACGAUGUACGCAUCUUCCGAAUGUUAUUUCGGACUGAAUCUGAACCCUAUGUGCAAGCCAUCGGAGGUUUCCUACACUAUAAUGCCAAACAUGGCGUACUUCGAGUUUCUCCCUCACGAGCCAAAUACCGAAAGCGAUUCGCCGCCGAAACUCGUCGACCUGGUAGACGUGGAGGUCGGAAAAGAAUACGAACUAGUAAUCACAACAUACGCCGGACUUUACCGGUACCGAGUAGGCGACAUACUCCGAGUUACCGGAUUCCACAACGCGGCGCCUCAGUUCCAUUUCGUGAGGAGGAAGAACGUGGUCCUGAGCAUCGACUCAGACAAAACGGACGAAGCAGAGUUGCAGAAGGCAGUGGAGAAUGCAUCAAAGCUUCUGAAGGAAUGGAAGGCGAGCGUGGUUGAGUACACGAGUUACGCAGAGACGAAGACGAUUCCAGGGCACUACGUGAUAUACUGGGAACUGAUGGUGAAGGAAGCGGAAGGGAAAUGGCCGAGCAAGGAGGUAAUGGAGGAGUGCUGCUUGGCAAUGGAGGAAUCACUGAACUCGGUGUACCGGCAAGGGCGAGUUGCAGACCAUUCGAUCGGAGCUUUAGAAAUCAGAGUGGUGAAGAACGGAACAUUCGAAGAACUGAUGGAUUACGCAAUUUCCAGAGGAGCCUCUAUCAACCAGUAUAAGGUGCCGAGGUGUGUGAACUUUACUCCCAUUAUGGAACUUCUCGAUUCUAGAGUAAUAUCCGCACACUUCAGCCCUGCCCUGCCACGUUGGACUCCAGCUAGGACACGCUAAUUUCUUUUUCUUUUCUUUUCUUUUUUAUUUUUCUUAAAUUUAGGGAAAGAAAAUGAAAAAUGUAGGAUGUGUCGGGGGCAGUCUUUAUUGUACUUGCUUCUCAUAACUAAAUUAAUGGAAAAUCACAUUUAAUUA